AUGGUAUACUUGAAGGUUGCACCUCAAAAAGGCAAGGAUCGGUUCGGUAAAGUUGGAAAGCUUGCAGUGAGAUUCAUAGGACCAUACCGGAUCGAGAAAAGAGUUGGAGAGGUAGCCUACUGGCUAUCUAUGCUAGAAGUUAUGCGACUGCAUAAAGUCUUCCACGUUUCACAACUACGUAAGCAUGUUCCUGAUCCUAACAUGAUUGUACCCGAGCCUAUCAAAGAAUUAGAGACGAACCUCACAUACCCCGAAGGACCAUUUGGAAUCGGAGAACGAAGGACGCGAAAGCUGAAGAACAGGAGCAUUCCUCAAAUUCAAGUAUUUUGGGGAAAGCAAAACCGCAAGGUCACCACAUGGGAAGAUGAAGAUAGGAUUCGAACCAAGUACCCGCAACUUUUCAUGGAAGAAGACGAAGCAGGACCAUCAAAUCCUUAUGGAAUUCAGGAUGAAUUCUAA